CUGUUGAUUGGCAUCCACAUAAAUCGCUUUUAGCAUCCCGAUCAAAAGAUAAUUUAAUUAAAUUUUGGGAUCCGAAAUCUGGAAAAAGUGUUUAUACACUUCAUGGGCAUAAAAAUACAAUUCUUGGACUGCAGUGGAAUAGGAAUGGAAAUUGGCUAGGAACAGCUGCCAGAGAUCAAUUAGUUAAGGUUUAUGAUAUUAGGAUGAUGAAAGAUUUACAAACGUUUCGUGGGCAUAAUAAAGAAGUUUGCUUCCCAACGGCUAUUUCAUGGCAUCCAUUUCACGAAAGAUUAUUAGUGACUGGUGGUUCAGAUGGGUGCUUGAUGUUCUGGAUUGUUGGUCAAGAUACUUUGGUGGAAGCAGUGGAAUUCGCACAUGAUCAAAAUGUUUGGUCACUUGAUUGGCAUCCUCUUGGCCAUAUCUUGGUCUCGGGGUCAAAUGACCAUUCAACAAGAUUUUGGACGAGAGCACGUCCUGGAGAUACAGUUCAAGACAAAUAUCAUGUGGGUAGGCAGAAAGCCGAGGAACUCGGAUUGAAAGAUGUAGAUAGUGACGAAGAUGAUGAUCCUGUCCCAGGUUUAACAUUCUUUAAUGGUGGCUUGAUGAGCGGCUUUCUCCCAGUUCCCAUGAAUCCUCAUCCUGCGGUUAGAACAGAUUUCGUUCAAGCACCACAGUCACUAGUACAAAUAGACCAGAAUCGAGAUCUCACACCACCUAGACCAAUGGAUAUUGGAGACAUUUCUUAUGUAUCUACAAGUAGUGUCAACAUUGAAGAUGUACCUGGGCUUGGAAUGUUACGUAAUAAUAUACCGUUGAAUCCUUCACCACAACUACGCCCUCAAUGGACAGCGCCAAAUACUGGACCUACACCAAGACCUGGUACACAGCAACAGGGUCAACGUUGGGGUGGGCAAAGAG